GGCGGAAUCGAAGCAGUCGUCUCUUCAAGCUUGCCUCAAAUGGCGUCGAAUCCACCUGCACCCAAAGAAACCAAUAUUUAUUCCGACGACAUUUUUAGGUAUGGAGUCUUCUCCGGCGGCGCCACCGCAAACAUAGGGUGGCAGCCGCUUCUCGACGCUGCUCCGGCGAUUGUGAAGACCGAAACCCAUUUCUCGUUCGGGAACCCCGAGACAAUUCUGAAUUUUCAAGCGGCGGCGCCUCCGAUGGAGGUGGCGGCGCCUCAUAGAGGAAAGCAUUACCGGGGGGUGAGGCAGCGGCCGUGGGGGAAGUUCGCGGCGGAGAUUAGGGAUCCGGCGAAGAAUGGGGCACGGGUGUGGCUGGGGACAUAUGAGACGGCGGAGGAUGCGGCGGUGGCUUACGACAGGGCGGCGUACUGUAUGCGGGGUUCGCGGGCGCUGCUGAAUUUCCCUCUGAGGAUAAAUUCCGGUGAGCCGGCGCCUGUUAGGGUUACGGCAAAGAGAUCGGCGGCGGCGGCGGCUUCUUCAGAUAGUUCGUCAUCUUCUAAUUCGGAGAAUGGACUGAUGCGGAAGAGGAAGGCGGCGGCGGCGGAAACAGUUGGCCGGCGGGGUUGCAAAGUUGGACACAAAUCCGGCCAAGUGGUGGAAUAUAAAAUGAGCGAGUGGGAGUAGGGUUCACACUCAUGUGAAUAAUUAAAGAAAAUAGAUUCCAUUCAAUUUAUUCUUUGUUUAAUUGUUUCCAUGGUUUUUGGCCAAUGAGAAAAUUUAUAUUCUUUCAUUCAACUUGUGCGUUCUUCUUCAUGAUCUCCCUUUCUACUAGUGUAUCUUUUGAGCCUUUUGUAAUUCAAAUCAUGCUUUUGA